AUGACCAGAGAUCGCUUCAAGGAAUUGCAGGUGAGUUCAGGCUUUGUUACAGUUUUGUAGAUAACAUGUACCUAUAGAGAGGUGCAUGUUACAAAAAAUUAUUAAGUCUGAUGAAAUAUUAGCCGGAACAAAGAAACAGGGAAUAGAUUUCACAUUUUCACGUAAUAUUGUGAUUGUUUUUUAAACGUUCUCUGAGCUUGAUUGCUUUGGAAAUUGAUAAUUUGACAUCCAAAAAAUUUUGAAAACGAUUGAACCUCACCGGACGGAAGCUAGAAACCCAAAAGUGGCAAAGGUUUCUCAUCCGCUCUGACUCCGGAAUUUCUAAUGUAACUUUGUCUGAGCCCCCUCUUUGAUUUUCGUCGUGUGCACUCUGAGUCAGUAAAUAAUAUUAUAUGAUGACGAUUCGAUUGCUCUGGGAAUAUUAUUAUUUACAAAAGCUAUUUAAAUAACCAAGAGAGGGCUCUGGAUUCGGUAUUAGUCCAAAUAUGGGGAGGAGUAAUGCAUGAAAGGAUUACUUUUUGUAUCUGUGCAAAGAGAUUACUUUUGUUUGAUCGAUGACAUUAACAUGGAAGUUCUUGAGAUGCGGCUGGAUUUAAAUAUAACUUCCAAGGAAAGUACCCCAAGUGCGACGCUCAGAUCUUCUUUAAAUUUUGCACACACGUCGGGCAUGAACUAAAUAUCAAUUCCCGAAAGUUUUAGCUCGCGCUUUGCAGGCGCCGCCGAGAUAUUGUACCAUCUUUGCCGCCGAGAGAGCAUGCUGAUCGCGGAGAGCGGUCAGAAAUGAAAGCUCUUUUUGGCCAUAACUUUGCUAGUUUCGUGCGGAAAAAAUUGAUUUUUUGUGGAGACAUUACCUUUUAUGGUAGAAAUAGGCAUGAAACUUUUCGUGCCGAAAUUCGGCAAAAAGUGUCAACCUUUCGCCGACUUUUGACCAAAAAUCUCGGUUGUUUCUGCAAAGCGCGAGUUAGGAUUCUCGCAUAUAUCUUAGAAAAUUUUUUCUAAAUUUGUGCCAAGUUUCAUCGAAAUCUGAGCGUCGCACUUGGGGUACUUCCCCUUUAGCUCAAGUUCAUGAUCCAGCUUAUGUCAUGAGGGUCUUUUAAUCGUGUUUAAUAUGAUAGAUCGGGCACGCAAAAGUUGAGGGAAUUAAGAUUACUGCACUUCUUCCCAUUUUAUGUAAUAUCAACGGAAUACAAAGUGUUAUUCCUUCAGGAACGAGCUCGCCAAGAUGCCCCCGCCCAAGUUGUGAUCGACCCCCGAACUCUCCCUAACGACGACAACGCACAUACCAUGGAUAUUUUGAAUCAGACCGAGGAAGUCCGUCAAUCGAUUAAUCGUCUGGAAGAACGGAUAAAACAUUUAAACCAGAAGCAAGUAGCUGUUCUUGGGAAAACCCUGGUCUCUCCUGAACAGAAGUUCGAAUUGGAAAGAGCGAUCGAUGAGAUCAAGGAACAUAUUAAUGCCUUGAGGCCACGUAUCCGGGAGAUUGAUUUGAGCGUUCGCCAAUAUGAGAAGUCGGAAAAUGCAACGGUUGCGCAACUACGAAUACGAAAAAAUCGAUGUGAACAGUUGAAAAUGCGACUGCAAGAAGUUUUGCAUCUUUUUAAUAAUACCCAAGUCGAAUACAAGAGGAGAGUAUCCAGUAAGUUACAUAAUGUGUAACUCUUUAAUAGAAACGGUUUUCAGGACGAGUUAAGAAGCAGCUGGAUCUAGCCGGCCAAAAUUUAAGUUCCGAAGAUGUAGAUCGUAUGAUGGAAUCAAAUUCAGAAGAAGUCUUUUACCGUGAGAUCAACCCCUUGACUUUAUCUGCUCAAAAUGUGCUGGAGGACGCGACAAGUCGGCAUAAUGAGAUUCUGAGGCUGGAAAGGAGUAUUAGGGAGCUGAAUGACAUCUUCGUUGAAGUCUAUGAAUUGGUCUCCAUGCAGGUUUGUUCAUUAUUAAAAAUAAAUUCACUAAAAAACGAAGGGUUUUAUGAUACCUUUGGAUGUCAUUCUUGAUUUUAGGAUUCCUUGGUCAAUAAUAUUGCCAAGAAUGUGGAGACAGCCGCCGAAUAUACGCAUCAAGGCAACCAGAUGAUCACCCGAGCUGUUACCUACAAGAAGCAGGCCCAAAGAAAGACAAUUAUCCUCAUUUUGGUGUGCAUUGGGAUCGUUUUGGCCCUGCUCUUACUUAUUUUAAUUCUGGUGAUGCCGCGGUGA